AUGAUCAAUUCUAUUACAUUUGAUUACAACAAUGAUUUUGGGAGAUUCUUUUUAAAAAUUAAUCAUUCAAAUAUCGAUUACAUAUCAUUAUCAACACAGUUAUGUUAUGUUCUAGGAUUUGAAAAUCCACAAAUAAUUAAAAAUAAAGACGUUGCAAAGUAUGGAAGUGACCUAAGAGGAGGUUUUUCUAGCUUCGGCGUGUAUGUAAAAGGGCUCACUGAAAAGAUGAUUAUUGGCGAUUCCCUCAAUUCGUUGCUGCGUGUGGUGUCAAUUUCAGGUGCUACCCCUGGAGAGUAUAAUGAAAAAAUUUAUGAUACACCAAUUUACUCAAGAGUUCUUCCCAAGGAAAUUAAUGAUAUAGAAGUUGAACUUAGAACAUUAGACAAUGGACGUUUAGUACCAUUCUCUUAUGGAACAGUACUAAUAGUAUUAAUUUUUAAAAAAGUAAUAAAUUUUUAA